AUGAGCGAACAAGAUCUCGAUACGUUUCAAGCACAGCUCGAGCAGGUUCAACAGGCUCUAAAGUCUGAUCCCGAAAACGAAGAGUUUCUCUCGCUCGCUGACCAGCUCAAAGAGCUCAUUGCGCUCACAGAACAAACGAUUGCUGCAUCUCGUCCACAACCAGCUGCUUCCAAGAAGAAAGAAGGCGCGCCUUCGACGUCGUCUGGUAGCGCGGGCGCAAGCGCGAGCACGAGCAAUGGUACAUCUGCGCGAAAUCCGUAUCUCCCGUCUUCCUCAUCGCAAACAAACGGUCCCAAGGUGUGGACGGCCGGCGACGAGUGUCUGGCAAAGUACAGUGGGGAUGAUAAAUGGUAUCCAGCACGCAUCACCUCGGUCGGCGGCUCUGAGGAAAAGCGAGUGUACUCUGUUGUCUUUAGAGGGUACAAUUCGACCGAGCUCGUCGCGCACAAUGCUCUCCGGCGUCUUCCCCCAAACUAUGGGUCAGCAGGUGGACCCAGCGCGUUAGCAGGCACGAAGCGAAAACUAUCCAAGGAGGAAGAAGAAGAGCGUGAGCGCAAAAAGAAGAAGAAUGAAAAGAAACUCGAAGUCCGUGCAGCAAAGGCGCAGGAACAAGACUCGAAGAAACAGUCGUGGCAAAAGUUUGCGACAAAGAGCGUCAAAAAGGGCGUCGGUAUCGCUGGUGUUGCUGGUACCAGUAUCUUCAAGACUCCAGACAAUCCGUAUGGCAAGGUCGGAGUUACCGGGAGUGGCAGAGGUCUUCAGUAA